UCAAGAUACGUAUCAGAUACGGUACAGCGUAAAGUCAAACAUACCGCCGACACGUCUUGUCUGGUAAAAAUGCAAAAUUAAACAGGCGUUGUCUCACAAGAAAUACUACGUACUGGGUCGUUCAGACAGCCCCUAUACGGCUAUUACGACUUAAUAUAUAGUCUAAGCAUGCCUAUAAAAUCAUGUUAGAUUUUGUUGGUCUGACACUUAGUCUGGAGAGUGUUUUCAGUCGCUUAGACAAUUAGAUAUGGAGUUGUCUGUUACGAAUGCAGCAUCCCAAGAGGAAUGUAGUAAUUUUAAUGAUUUUAAAUUUUAAGUAUGUUAAAGUAUUACAGUACAAAUAGUCUUAAGGUACGGUUUCCCUUGCGCGAUCGCGAACACGAUCGACGAACUAAGAUCGCGUUCGCAUCGUCUUGGUUUAUUCUGAACGAUUUUACGUCGCGAUCGAGAGUAAUUUAUAUCUCAUCAUUCAGUCGUACUUAAUAUUUUGAUGUGUGAAGUACUCUAGCGAACGGUGUAAACGAACUUACUGUGAAUUUUUAUAUUAUAAUGGAUACAUCUGACGACGUAAAUAUAUUGAAAAUUCUUCUUGAAGAAGAAGAUGAUGAUGAUGUUUUGCUCUUGUAUUUGUCAGAAGAAAAAAGAAAAGGCCAUGAUCAAUUAUUUACAAAGAGAAGUACGGAAGGUUAUUAUGAAAUACUAAUCAACGGUCAUUUGAAAAAUAAUGAAAUCAAAUGUCGAGAAUUUUUUAGAAUUAAUCGUAAUCAGUUCGAUUUUAUUUUAAAUUUAAUAAGAGACGACCUAGCCUUAAAUCCGACUUUUUUCAUAAGGAAACCAAUAACACCAGAGGAAAAAUUGGCAGUUACAUUAAGCUGCGGGUAUUGGGUGUAUGGAUAUAGAACCCCUAAAGGAUCGUAUUAUUUGUAAAUCAGAACAAGCAACAUACUUACGCAU